CUGAGAAGAAGGCGCACAGAAAUUUCUCAGGUCGCCCCCCUCCCCCCACCCCAGGCCGUCGGUGAGCCUGGGGCACGUGACAGCGAUACGCCGGAGGCCAAGAUAAUCUUUGCAUCGUUCUCGGUCUGGGUUCCGGACAGUUUUUAUAUUGCCGCGAGGUCUCCAUUAUUAUGGAGUUUCUCUCCCGUCCCGUCCCGUCCCUUCCCUUCUCUCUGUGAUGUGUUGUCAUUAGUAAGCUGUUAAGCUAAAGGGCUCCUCCUCCUCUCUGCUUUGCGCUGCCCGGUGUGCUCCUGCUGUGCUGCGGUGUCUGGUCAAGUACGCUUCCGAAUUAAAAGCGCUUCCGGCCUGCAACCUGCUUGCUGCCUCUCUGCUCCCACGGCCGGCCGCCUGCCCGCGUCUUCUUCCUCACCCCUCUCCCUCCUGCGGUCCCGUCCCUGCAUUUCUUGAUUCCUUCCUUCACCGGAACCAAGCAAUGUCUCCGGCGCCGACUUCGCAUCACUCGCAGAUCAAUUCGAGGAAGGAGAAGCGGAUGAGGAAGGUGGACACCUUCGCGCCGCACAACGACGGCCACCAAUGGAGGAAGUACGGCGAGAAGAAGAUCAACAACACCAACUUCCCCAGGUAUUACUACAGAUGCACGUACAAGGACAACAUGAACUGCCCGGCCACGAAGCAGGUGCAGCAGAAGGACCACAGCGACCCGCCAUUGUACGCGGUCACCUACUACAACGAGCACUCGUGCAACAGCGCCUUCCUCCCGCUCUCCCCCUCCGAGUUCCAGCUGCAGACCUCGUCCGGGAAGGCCGUCUCCAUCUGCUUCGACUCCUCGUCCGGGGCGGCGGCGCCGCAAGAACCGCCGGCCACGGCAGCGGCCACCAAUGCCAGCGGCGGCGGCGGCUCGCCGUCUUCCAGCGCGGCGGCGGUGGCGGCGGCGCGGAGAGGCACGCCGCCGGAGAUCAGUAACCCGCCCGUGCUGCGGCGGUCCGAGACGUACCCGUGGGGCGCAGGCGCCGCCGGUGUCGUGGAGCAGAAGCCGGCGUCCUGCAGCACCGAGUGCCACGACGCCUUCUCGGGUGCCGCCGGCGCCGUGCCGGAGGAGGUGGUAGAUGCAGGCAGAUUUGGGUCUAUCAGGUUCUUCCAUUUUUUGUAAAUUGAUCAGUGGAAGACAAUUGAUUUUACUUCGACAAACUAAUAUGAUACAGAUGUCUUCUUUUCUUCUUCUUCUUUUUGUUCCUUUAUUACAUGCCGAAGCUUACUAGAGAUUCGCAUGUUACUUUUGUUUUAUUGGUUCGAAAUCGAAAAAAUACCACUGCUAAUUUCAAUCCAACAGUUCAUUUAUUA